CGUCCCGUCAUGUGACUGCGGCGUAAACAGGAAGCAGCUGAGCGCUACUCCAAUGCCUGAUCCCAUCAAGUAAUGUACACAAGUGGACUCGUUAAACCCCAGCAACCCUAUGUGUACGAUUGAUUGAAUACACGUAACCUCUCUGUCCAGGUCGGCUGAGCAGCAAGAGGACCCAGCCAGAAGUCAUCUGAUCUGCUGCUCACAGGAAGCUUCCAUCGUGUCUGCAUAAGGGGAUGUCCAGCUCAGCCAUGAAGAAAAAGGUGUUACUUAUGGGGAAAAGUGGGUCUGGGAAGACCAGUAUGAGAUCAAUAAUCUUUGCCAAUUACAUAGCUCGAGACACACGGCGCCUUGGAGCUACAAUUGAUGUGGAACACUCCCAUGUGCGGUUUCUUGGCAAUCUGGUUCUGAACCUCUGGGAUUGUGGAGGGCAGGACACAUUCAUGGAGAACUACUUCACCAGCCAGAGGGACAACAUCUUCAGGAACGUGGAGGUGCUUAUUUAUGUAUUUGACGUGGAAAGCCGCGAGCUAGAGAAAGACAUGCAUUACUACCAGUCGUGUCUGGAGGCCAUCUUGCAGAACUCCCCAGACGCUAAAGUCUUCUGUCUCGUGCACAAAAUGGAUCUGGUGCAGGAGGACCAGAGAGACCUGAUUUUCAAAGAGCGUGAGGAAGAUUUAAAGAGACUCUCCCGACCUUUGGCCUGCACAUGCUUCAGGACGUCCAUAUGGGAUGAAACCUUGUACAAGGCAUGGUCCAGCAUAGUUUACCAGCUUAUCCCAAACGUCCAGCAACUGGAGACAAACCUGACAAAUUUUGCACAGAUUAUCGAGGCAGAUGAAGUCCUUCUCUUUGAGAGAGCCACUUUCCUGGUGAUCUCCCACUACCAGUGUAAAGAGCAACGUGAUGCUCACCGCUUCGAGAAGAUCAGUAACAUUAUCAAACAAUUCAAACUCAGCUGUAGUAAACUGGCGGCCUCGUUCCAGAGCAUGGAAGUAAGGAACUCCAACUUUGCGGCCUUCAUCGACGUCUUCACCUCCAACACAUAUGUCAUGGUCAUCAUGUCAGACCCGUCUAUUCCUUCUGCAGCCACCCUCAUCAAUAUCCGUAAUGCUAGGAAACACUUUGAGAAGUUGGAGCGGGUGGACGGACCCAAACACAGCCUGCACAUGCGCAUGCGCUAGCAUGCACAUUUUUGUCCACAGCAGAUCCUCUCAGCCAAUCAGCUCACAGAUCGUCGUGCAGGAGUCCUGCAUCUUCGCCUUAUUAUAUCCUCACAUUCAAUCACUCUUACUAUGAGGAAGUAAACCCCACAUUUUCGGUCUAAUUUCUUAAGUGAUCUUGGGAACACAAGUUUAUUUUGAAGGGGGGUAUACGGUAAUGUACCUCGCUGUCGUAGACAAAGACCCCAGUGAUCAGGGCAUCUCUUUUUCCGCAUGAAACGCAACAGCUAGUACUCCUGCGUAAAGUGUGCUGUUCUUUGAAAAUACAAGCAAUAUAGUUUUAUUCAAAAAUA